GUUAAGCUACGUUUAAAAGUUUACCUAGAAACCAAGUGUAACGAUCCAAAAUGGUCACGUGACCUUACUAAGCAACAAACGAUGAACUUGUAAACAUAUUUUGAAGUCUUCCUGCACUGGAUUCGUGAAAAUUAAUAAAAAAACAUUUUGCAGUUGACGUGAAAAGUGGUCAAGAUGCCUGCCAAGAAAGAGGCAGUUGCUCUUCAAAAGGAAGUGUUAAAUCAAGAGCAAUGGGACGAUCUUAUGGGAGGUGAAGGCUUAUAUGUUGUUGAUGUCUACCAGAGAUGGUGUGGUCCCUGCUCAGCUGUUAUCAGUCUGUUUAGACGACUAAAGAAUGAAAUUGGAGAUGAUCUACUGAAAUAUGCCGUAGCUGAGGCAGACAGCAUUGAGAAUCUGGAGAGGUACCGUGGCCACUGUGAGCCAUGCUUCCUGUUCUAUGGCAGUGGACAGUUGGUGGAUGUAGUACGCGGUGCUAAUGGACCGGCUCUCAACAAGUCCAUCACAACCCAGCUGGCUAAUGAGCACAGGGUGCUGGAAGAGGGGGCAGAGCGUAAAGUGAUUAAAGAUCCUCUGUUGAUUGCCAUGGAAGCUAAAGAGCAAGCUGCUGCUGAGAUUGAGGCUGUGGAGAAACGCAAGCACGAUGAAGAAGCACAAAUCGGUGAUAUAAUCUGUGGGGAAGAGAAGUGUGAGGAUGUAUCCGUUAGGCCAGUCAGUGAGAACACUGUGCAGAUAUUGUUCUCUGAUAUUCAGGACUUGGGCAGUAGGUCUAGAUCAGGUCAAGAGCCUGUACCCAAGGAGGUAACCGUUGUCCUGGUCAAACCUGAUGCAGUCAAAGAAGGCAAAGUGGAAGAGAUUAUCCAGAAGUUGGUGGAGAAUGGACUAGAGGUCCUCGCUCAGGAGGAGAAGACGUUGUCAGAAGACGAGGCUAGAGACUUCUACAAGGAACAUGAAGAAGAGGAGCACUUUGACUCCCUAGUGCAGUUCAUGUCGAGUGGGCCGUGUCACAUCCUUGUAUUAACUAAAGGGGAUACCGGUGAAGGAGUUGUACAUGAUGUCCGCAAUCUUAUCGGACCUAAAGAUGUGGAGAUUGCAAAGGAAGAAGCACCAGAGAGUUUGCGUGCUAUAUAUGGAACAGACACGACAAUGAAUGCUCUCCAUGGUGCAGACUCUGCGGAACGUGCAGCAAGAGAACUAUCCUUUUUCUUCCCUGGCUUUGCUGUUCCCAUUGUACCUGGCACGGGACCACCUCCAAUGGUCCAGAAAACAUUUGCUCUCAUUAGACCAGAUGCUCUCAAAGAACACAAAGAUGCGAUCCUGGAUAAGAUCAAGGAGGCUGGCUUUGAUGUCUGUCUCCAGAAGGAGGUACAACUUAACGAGGAGCAGGCGAAGGAAUUCUACAAACAACAGGAAGGACAGCCGCACUUUGAUGAACUCAUCGGUCAUAUGACAUCGGGCCCUGUGCUUGCUCUUGGCCUAGCAAAGGAAGAGGCGAUACAGAACUGGAGGAACAUGCUCGGACCCAAGGAAGUGGAGGUUGCCAAACAAGAAGCCCCUGACAGUUUACGUGCACAGUUCAGUCUGACGGAUUCCACAAUAAAUUGCGUCCAUGGAAGUGACUCAGUAGAAUCUGCUAGCAAAGAACUCAACUACUUCUUCCCCACUGAGCAUACGCUAGCCGUCAUCAAACCAGAUGCCUCAGUCGAACACAAAGAUGCCAUUAUUGAGCGUAUUCAUGAGGCUGGAUUUAACAUAGCGUGUCAGAAGAAUAUCGAGUUGGACAGGGACUUAGCGGAACAACUCUACAAGGAACAUGAGGGCAAGGAAUUCUUUGACAGUUUACUGGAACACAUGACAAGUGGUCCCUCGAUGGUCAUGGUGUUAUCCCGAGAGGAUGCCAUUAAAGGUUGGCGUACCAUCAUGGGUCCUACAGACCCAGAGCUUGCCAAGGAACAGGCCCCCGAGUCCCUCCGUGCCCUCUUGGGUAAGGACCUCUUAUCGAACGCCAUCCACGGGAGCUCAACCAAGGAGCACGCUGAAGAAAAAAUCAAGACACUCUUCCCGGAGGUUGAAAUAAACAGUGAUGGCUCACUCAACGACAUGGAAGUGGAUGCACAAAACACUGAUGCUAACCAAGAGAGUCCAACCGAAGACCAACAACCAAUGCCUUCUGCUGCAGGAGAGGAAGGGCAAGAAGCUGCUGAACAAGAUGGUGAAGCACCAGCAGGAGGAGAAUCAGAUGCACCUGCAGCUGCAGCUGAAGGUGAUGCCGCAGAACCACAAGCUGAAGCCGGUGAGGAAGCAGCACCAGCAGAAGCACAAACAGCUGAGGGUGAGGCAGCCCCUGAUGGAGGUGAAGCUACUGAACAGGCUGCGGAUGAACCAGCAACAGAACCAGCUGCAGAACCAGCUGCAGAACCGGCUGCAGAACCGGCAACAGAACCAGCCGCAGAAGAAACACCAGCAGAACCAGCCGCAGAACCAGCUGCAGAAGAGACGCCAGCUGCAGAAGAGACGCCAGCUGCAGAAGAGAAGCCAGCGGCAGAAGAACAACCGGCUGCUGCCGAGGACAAAGUGGCUGAUGAACCCGCUGCGGAAGAUGACAAGCCGAGUGAAGAGGCAGCACCUGAGGCAGAGAGUGCAAUUCCAGAGGAGAUGAAACAGGAACCAGCUGCCGAGGAGGGCGAGGGACAAAAAGAAGACGCGGCAGCAGAGGGAGCAGAGGAAAAGAAGGAAGAUGCUCCGGCAGAAUAAUUUAACGUUACUGAUGAGAAGAGUGCAAAAAUAGUUAAUGGCCUGACGUUUCGACCCUAGCAGAGUCUUUCUCGAAGGCUAAAUGACAACACAAGAAACA